CAGCAUCCUUUCUGAGGCAUUCGCGACUACUUCCGGAUAUCGCUGAUCAAUGAUUCUGUCACUUGUGUGACAUAAAACACUUUUGAGGUGUUUACUUUUUGUUGUCAAAGAUGUCGUACAACUACGUGGUCACUGCCCAGAAACCCACUGCGGUCAACGCCUGCAUCACAGGCCACUUCACCUCUGCAGAGGACCUUAAUUUGCUCAUAGCGAAAAACACACGGCUGGAAAUUUAUGUUGUCACAGCAGAGGGGCUGCGCCCCGUCAAAGAAGUUGGCAUGUAUGGCAAGAUAGCUGUCAUGGAGCUCUUCAGACCAAAGGGGGAAAGCAAGGAUUUGCUCUUUAUUCUCACUUCCAAGUACAAUGCCUGCAUUCUAGAAUAUAAACAAAAUGGAGAUACCAUUGACAUCAUCACCCGUGCUCAUGGAAAUGUACAGGAUCGCAUUGGACGGCCAUCGGAGACUGGCAUUAUUGGCAUUGUUGAUCCAGAAUGCACUAUGAUCGGGUUGAGGCUUUAUGACGGGUUGUUCAAGGUGAUACCUUUGGACCGAGACAACCGGGAAUUGAAGGCCUUCAACAUCCGUCUGGAGGAACUACAAGUCAUUGAUGUUCAUUUCCUGUACGGCUGCCAGGCCCCAACUGUGUGCUUCAUCUACCAGGACCCCCAGGGUAGACAUGUGAAGACUUACGAAGUUUCUCUCCGGGAGAAAGAGUUCAAUAAAGGCCCGUGGAAGCAAGAGAAUGUUGAGGCUGAAGCAUCCAUGGUCAUUCCAGUACCAGAGCCUUUUGGUGGCGCUAUAAUAAUAGGACAAGAGUCCAUUACCUACCACAAUGGAGACAAAUACCUGGCCAUCGCACCACCUACAAUCAAGCAAAGCACUAUUGUCUGUCACAACCGAGUGGAUCCCAAUGGCUCACGAUAUCUGCUUGGAGACAUGGAGGGACGUCUGUUCAUGCUGCUGCUGGAGAAGGAGGAGCUCAUCGAUGGCACUGUGGCCUUGAAGGACCUGCAUGUGGAGUUGCUGGGAGAGACUUCAAUUGCUGAAUGUUUGACCUAUCUGGACAAUGGUGUGGUCUUUGUGGGCUCCAGACUGGGCGACUCCCAGUUGGUCAAGCUUAAUGUGGACAGCAAUGACCAGGGUUCAUUUGUGGCUGUGAUGGAGACCUUUACUAAUCUUGGGCCCAUUGUCGACAUGUGUGUGGUGGACCUAGAGAGACAAGGCCAGGGCCAGCUAGUGACUUGCUCUGGUGCAUUCAAAGAGGGCUCGCUGCGCAUCAUCCGCAAUGGCAUUGGCAUUCAUGAACAUGCCAGCAUUGACCUGCCAGGAAUCAAAGGUCUGUGGCCGCUCCGCUCAGAGGCAGGCAGAGACACUGAUGACAUGCUGGUGCUGUCUUUUGUGGGUCAAACACGAGUGUUGAUGCUGAGUGGAGAGGAAGUUGAAGAGACAGAACUUCCAGGCUUCGUUGACAACCAGCAGACAUUUUAUUGUGGAAAUGUUGCCCACCAGCAACUGAUUCAAAUCACAUCAGGCUCGGUGCGCCUGGUGCUGCAGGAUAGCAAAGCACUUGUCAGUGAAUGGAAGGAGCCACAGGGAAGGAACAUCAGUGUGGCUGCUUGCAACCACACACAAGUAGUUCUUGCUGUGGGGCGCGCUCUAUACUACCUCCAGAUCCUGUCUGGAGAACUCAAACAGAUAAGCACAACAGAGAUGGAGCACGAAGUUGCCUGUCUGGAUAUUACGCCUCUUGGGGAGGCCGGUGGCGAGUCCCCUCUCUGCGCUGUGGGACUCUGGACAGACAUCUCUGCACGCGUUCUGAAACUGCCCUGCUUCACAGCCCUGCAUAAGGAAAUGCUGGGAGGAGAGAUCAUCCCUCGUUCCAUCCUAAUGACCACCUUUGAAGGCAGCUACUACCUGCUUUGUGCCCUUGGGGAUGGCGCUCUCUUCUACUUUGGUCUCGAUCUUCAGACAGGUGUCCUUAGCGACCGCAAAAAAGUUACCCUGGGCACCCAGCCCACCGUGCUGAGGACCUUCAGGUCUUUGUCCACAUCUAAUGUCUUUGCCUGUUCCGAUCGACCCACCGUCAUUUAUUCCUCGAACCACAAGUUGGUGUUCUCCAAUGUCAACCUCAAAGAGGUCAAUUACAUGUGCCCGCUAAAUUCUGAAGGCUACCCAGACAGUCUGGCUCUUGCCAACAACAGCACUUUGACUAUUGGCACUAUUGAUGAGAUUCAGAAACUUCACAUCCGAACUGUUCCGCUCUAUGAAUCUCCCAGGCGGAUUUGUUAUCAGGAGGUUUCCCAGUGUUUCGGAGUCCUUUCCAGUCGGGUGGAGAUUCAGGACGUGAGCGGCAACACAUCUGCCGUGCGCCCCAGUGCAAGCACUCAGGCUCUGUCCAGCAGCGUGAGUUCGAGCAAGCUCUUCCCCAGCAGCACCUCUCCCCAUGAGACGUCCUUCGGUGAGGAGGUGGAAGUUCACAGUCUUCUAGUUGUGGAUCAGCACACUUUUGAAGUUCUACAUGCCCACCAGUUCCUCCCGAGUGAAUACGCCCUCAGCAUGGUCUCCUGUCGCCUUGGUAAAGACCCGUCAGUCUACUUUAUUGUUGGUACCGCCAUGGUGUACCCAGAGGAGGCUGAGCCAAAGCAAGGACGCAUCGUUGUUUUUCACUACACUGAUGGGAAGUUGCAAACAGUUGCUGAGAAGGAGGUGAAAGGAGCUGUCUACUCGAUGGUGGAGUUUAAUGGCAAACUGCUGGCCAGCAUCAACAGCACAGUCCGCCUUUAUGAGUGGACAGCUGAGAAGGAGCUCAGGACCGAGUGCAACCACUACAACAACAUCAUGGCUCUGUACCUGAAGACAAAAGGAGAUUUUAUUCUGGUGGGAGACCUGAUGAGGUCCGUUCUGCUACUGGCCUACAAACCAAUGGAGGGUAACUUCGAAGAGAUUGCUAGAGAUUUCAAUCCCAACUGGAUGAGCGCUGUCGAAAUUCUGGACGAUGACAACUUCCUGGGUGCAGAAAAUGCUUUCAAUUUAUUUGUCUGCCAGAAAGACAGUGCCGCCACCACGGACGAGGAGCGACAGCAUCUGCAGGAGGUCGGCGUCUUCCACCUCGGGGAGUUUGUCAAUGUCUUCUGCCAUGGAUCAUUGGUGCUACAGAACCUGGGCGAGAGCUCCACUCCCACUCAGGGCUCGGUUCUCUUCGGCACUGUCAACGGAAUGAUCGGUCUGGUCACCUCCUUGUCCGAGAGCUGGUACAGCCUCCUCCUGGACCUGCAGAACCGCCUCAACAAGGUCAUCAAGAGUGUGGGGAAGAUUGAACACAGCUUCUGGAGGUCUUUCCACACGGAGCGGAAAACGGAGCAGGCAGCCGGAUUCAUCGAUGGCGAUUUGAUCGAGAGUUUUCUGGAUCUGGGUCAAGCCAAGAUGCAGGAGGUGGUCAGCACUCUUCAGAUCGAUGACGGCAGCGGAAUGAAGCGUGAGGCCACUGUGGACGAGGUCAUUAAGAUUGUGGAGGAGCUGACCAGGAUCCACUAGCUGAAGAAGUGGAGAUCUCCAGGGACAUCCACGUGGGAGUUCCACAGCCUGCAGAAUUGUAAAUAAUUAUAAAUAAGCAGUGUGAGCAUGUUCGUCCUUCAGUUAACAGUCAUUUUUCAACUGUUGAAGAUGCGGUGCAAAGUGUUUCAUUCUUCAGUGAGAUAAGUGAGUAAAGCAUUCUCCAUCCAAGUCAGAGUGACCGGCCGUCGGUCGGAGUGUGUGCGUGUGUGUGGGUGCGUGCACGCGCCUUUUGGAUACCUGAAGGUUAUCAGAUCCUUCCCCGCUGUUUGUAAUGUGUCAGAAUCACUUUUAUGCCUGGAGAUGAGUUUCACCAUGUACACGCUACAACUUUGGGAAAAAAAAAACGACAUAGAUUUUUAGGUAUUUUGUCAUUGUGAUUUCUUUUAUUUGAAUAAAAUUUACUUUAGUGUCACCAAGUUGAGUGUUUUGUUUCCCUUUGACCGACAAUAAUAUUCUAUCACAUUACUGAACCUGAUGGUGGGAUCUGUUUUCUGCACUAAACUGAGGAAUUAAGAUGAAUUACAGCAAUUAUUUGGGUGUGUUGACCCCCAAGUGUCCAAGACUGUUUUACAUCAUUAUCAUUUAGAAGGCAAGUGUUUCUCUUUACCUUCACCCUUAUUCCUGAACAGCCACUAAGAUUCGAUCUGGAAGCAGGACUCUGAGUCACUUGAGGAGAAAGUAGGAGCCUGGUCCUGUCAGCUCGAGUCCUCUUGGUCCUCUGUGCGAUUAAUCUUGUGUCCAAAAGUCUCAGCUAAUAAAUCAAUUAUGACAGACACAGAUAGUGUUCAUUCAAGGUCAGAUGUAAAUUCUAGGACGUAAACAUGCAUGGUAGCU